AAUAAAUACAUACGAUAUACCACCAUCUUCUUCUAUCUUCCCAAAACCCACACAUUUCUUAUCCUAGAAAAACCACAGCAUGGUAGCUUCCGGUGGACGGAUGAAAGAAGUCGGUAUGUUCAGCUUUCACGUCUUCACCGGCAGGUGGUUCAUGGUGUUUGCCUGCCUUCUCAUUAUGUCUGUCGCCGGAGCAACUUACAUGUUCGCUUUGUACUCCGGCGACAUUAAAUCCUCUCUUGGGUAUGACCAAAGCACCCUUAAUCUCCUUAGCACGUUCAAAGAUUUGGGUGGGAAUGUUGGCAUCAUUUCGGGUUUAAUAAACGAAAUUUCACCACCGUGGGUGGUGCUUCUCAUCGGUGCCGCCAUGAACUUCUCCGGGUACUUCAUGAUUUGGCUGGCGGUCACCAAAAAAAUAGCGAAACCACCCGUUUGGCAAAUGUGUAUGUUCAUAUGCAUAGGUGCAAAUUCACAAACGUUUGCCAAUACAGGAGCUUUGGUUACUUGUGUAAAAAACUUCCCGGAAAGCCGAGGGGUGGUGUUGGGACUUCUCAAGGGUUUUGUAGGGUUAAGUGGUGCGAUUCUCACUCAGUUGAAUCAUGGUUUUUAUGGGAAUGAUUCUAAAUCACUUAUCUUGUUCAUUGGAUGGCUUCCGGCUGUGGUUUCGAUGGUGUUUCUUGGAGUUGUUAGGGUGUUAAAAGUGGUGCGACAGGCUAAUGAGCUCAAGACGUUCUAUAACUUGUUAUACAUUUCUUUAGGGUUAGCAGGGUUUCUUAUGGUUAUGAUCAUAACCCAAAACAAGCUUCAGUUUUCAAGGCCCGAGUUUGAUGCAACUGCCAUUGUUGUUGUCAUCUUACUCUUUGCUCCUCUUGGCAUUGUUUUUAGAGAGGAAUUUAAGUUUUGGAAACGAAAGCAGGAGGCGGGAAAUCAUUUCCCUGUGGUUGAUAUAAUAGCAACCGAGAACCCGAUCGGAGCCAUACCGCAGCCUCCGGUGAGGGAAGUAUCUUGUUGGAAAACUGUUUUUGCUCCACCGGUAAGAGGGGAAGACUUCACUAUCUUACAAGCUAUUUUUAGUAUCGACAUGUUGAUACUAUUCACAACUACCACUUUCGGUGUCGGUGGGACGCUUACCGCGAUAGACAAUCUCGGGCAGAUUGGACGGUCUCUCGGGUACCCGGUUACUAGCAUCACAACUUUUGUGUCACUAGUCAGUAUCUGGAAUUACAUGGGUCGGGUCGCGUCGGGUUUUGUUUCUGAACACUUGUUAGCCAGGUAUAAGUUUCCACGCCCAUUGAUGCUCACAAUUGUCCUUUGUAUUUCUUGUGUGGGACAUCUUUUAAUCGCGUUCGGGGUACCCAACGGGCUCUACGUGUCAUCGGUCAUCAUCGGGUUUUGUUUCGGAGCCCAGUGGCCAUUGAUUUUCGCUAUCAUAUCCGAAAUAUACGGGUUGAAAUACUAUUCAACCCUGUAUAAUUUGGGUGGUGGGGCGAGCCCGGUCGGGGCUUACAUACUGAAUGUGGUGGUAGCGGGUCGACUUUAUGAUAAAGAGGCACUAAAACAAUUGAGAGCAAGGGGAAUGACCCGGAAAGAGGGGGAGGAUCUAACAUGCACAGGAGUAGAUUGUUAUAAAAUGUCUUUCCUUAUUAUAACCGGAGCAACAGUGUUUGCAUGUUUUAUCUCAUUCAUUUUAGUGCUUCGUACAAGAAAGUUUUACCGCAGUGAUAUUUACAAACGGUUUCGAGAGGCAGCGGAGACCGUCAAAGAACCACCAACGACGCUACCAAUGGAAAGAAAAAUAGGAGAGAAAGAGUAGUUGAUACAGAUUUGUCAGUUCGUAUUUAAUAUAUACACAUACCAUACCAUACUAGGAAAAUUAAAACCCAAUAGUACGUUCUUAUGCUAUAUAUCUAUAUAAAGUAGGUUGAUUUCCACGUUCCAACAUAACGGGAGAUAUCAUUUUAAUAUAUGUUAUCAUCCCCUAUAAAUUUAUAAAAGAUAUUUGGCAAGUCA